CGCCCCCUGCCGCCUCUCCCGAGCCUGGAGACUGCCCCAAAGCAGACCCCGGCCGGGUUGGGCCGGCCCCUCAGGAUGGGCGGGCGGGCGGAGCGCGCAGAGAACACCGCCCUCGGCCCGCCCGCCGGGGAGGGUACAAGAGCGGGAGGCUGCGCUCCCGGCGUCCGCCCGGGGCCCGCCGUACACUGCACUCGGCCGACCGGGCUGCGGGACAGGUCCGGUUCCGGAGCGGGCUCUGCGGACCAGGAGCCAAGUGCUGCCCGGAGCCCGAGCCUCAGCGGGAGACGAGGCGGUGCGCCGAGAUGGCGGCCGCGGCGGCAACGGCGGCAGAGGAAGGGAUGCAGCCGCGGGCGCUGCAGUACGAGCAGACCCUGAUGUACGGCCGAUACACUCAGGACCUUGGGGCCUUUGCCAAAGAGGAAGCUGCUCGGAUCCGCCUGGGAGGGCCUGAGCCCCGGAGGGGCCCUCCCUCCCCUCGGACUUCCCCAGAGCUCCUGGAGUAUGGACAGAACCGUUGCGCCUGGUGCCGCAUCUGUUCCGUCCACUGCCACAAGUUCCUCGUGUCCAGGGUGGGUGAAGACUGGAUUUUCCUGGUUCUGCUGGGACUCCUUAUGGCUCUGGUCAGCUGGAUCAUGGACUAUGCUAUAGCUACCUGUCUGCAGGCUCAGCAGUGGAUGUCCCGGGGCCUGGACGCCAACAUCAUGCUCCAGUACCUGGCCUGGGUCACCUAUCCCAUCGUCCUCAUCACAUUCUCCGCGGGGUUUACACAGAUCCUGGCCCCUCAGGCUGUCGGGUCUGGCAUCCCCGAGAUGAAGACCAUCUUGCGGGGAGUGGUGCUGAAGGAAUACCUCACCCUCAAGACCUUUGUGGCUAAGGUCAUCGGGCUGACCUGCGCCCUGGGCAGCGGCAUGCCGCUCGGCAAAGAGGGCCCUUUCGUGCACAUCGCCAGCAUGUGUGCUGCCCUGCUCAGCAAGUUCCUCUCCCUCUUUGGGGGCAUCUAUGAGAAUGAAUCCCGGAAUACAGAGAUGCUGGCCGCCGCCUGUGCUGUGGGAGUGGGCUGCUGCUUUGCAGCGCCUAUUGGAGGUGUCCUGUUCAGCAUCGAGGUUACCUCCACCUUCUUCGCUGUGAGGAACUACUGGCGGGGCUUCUUUGCCGCCACGUUCAGUGCCUUCAUCUUCCGGGUCCUGGCUGUCUGGAACCAUGAUGAAGAGACCAUUACUGCUCUCUUCAAAACCCGAUUCCGGCUCGAUUUCCCCUUUGACCUGCAGGAGCUACCGGCCUUUGCUGUUAUUGGUAUUGCUAGUGGCUUCGGGGGAGCCCUCUUUGUCUACCUGAACCGGAGGAUUGUCCAGGUGAUGAGGAAGCAGAAGACCAUCAACCGCUUCCUCAUGAAGAAACGCCUGCUCUUCCCGGCUCUGGUGACUCUGCUCAUCUCCACUCUGACCUUCCCUCCUGGCUUUGGACAGUUCAUGGCCGGACAGCUCUCACAGAAAGAGACGCUGGUCACCCUGUUUGACAACCGGACGUGGGUCCGCCAGGGCCUGGGGGAGGAGCUAGAGCCGCCCGGCACCUCACAGGCCUGGAGUCCACCACGUGCCAAUGUCUUCCUUACACUGGUCAUCUUCAUUCUCAUGAAGUUCUGGAUGUCAGCUCUGGCCACCACCAUCCCAGUGCCCUGUGGGGCCUUCAUGCCUGUCUUUGUCAUUGGAGCAGCAUUUGGGCGUCUGGUGGGUGAAAGCAUGGCCGCCUGGUUCCCAGAUGGGAUCCACACAGACAGCAGCACCUUCCGGAUUGUGCCCGGGGGCUAUGCAGUGGUUGGUGCGGCCGCGCUGGCGGGAGCAGUGACACACACAGUGUCCACGGCGGUGAUCGUGUUCGAGCUCACAGGCCAAAUCGCCCACAUCCUGCCCGUCAUGAUCGCUGUCAUCCUGGCCAACGCCGUCGCCCAGAGCCUGCAGCCCUCACUCUAUGACAGUAUCAUCCGCAUCAAGAAGCUGCCCUAUCUGCCAGAGCUGGGCUGGGGCCGCCACCAGCAGUACCGGGUACGAGUGGAGGACAUCAUGGUGCGGGACGUCCCCCACGUGGCCCUCAACUGCACCUUCCGGGACCUGCGGUCGGCCCUGCACAGGACCAAGGGCCGCAUGCUGGCCCUAGUGGAGUCUGCUGAGUCCAUGAUUCUGCUGGGCUCCAUCGAGCGCUCACAGGUGGUGGCGUUGCUGGUUGCCCAGCUGAGCCCGGCCCGCCGGCAGCAGUACAUGCAGGCCCGUCGAGCCGCUCAGACCUCUCCGCCUGCUGAUCAGGAGAGUCCUCCCAGCCCCGAGACUUCCGUCUGCUUCCAGGUGAACGCAGAGGACCCAGGCUUCUCUGCAGCCCGGGGGGAGAGUCACAAGCCCCUAAAGCCCGCUCUGAAGAGGGGGUCCAGCAAUACCAUGAACCUAGGGGAGAGUCCCACAGGGAGCAGGGAGACAACAGGCAUUGCCCUCAGGAGCCUCUUCUGUGGCAGCCCGCCUCCCGAGGGGGCUUCAGAGAAGUCGGAAGCAUGUGACAAGCGCAAGCUGAAGCGGGUCCGCAUCUCCCUGGCGAGCGACUCGGACCUGGAAGGCGAGAUGAGCCCUCAGGAGAUUCUGGAAUGGGAGGAGCAGCAACUGGAUGAGCCAGUCAACUUCAGUGACUGCAAGAUUGACCCCGCCCCCUUCCAGCUGGUAGAGCGGACCUCCUUGCACAAGACCCACACCAUCUUCUCGCUGCUGGGAGUGGACCAUGCGUACGUCACCAGUAUCGGCCGACUCAUCGGAAUUGUCACGCUAAAGGAGCUCCGGAAGGCUAUCGAGGGCUCUAUCACAGCACAGGGCGUCAAAGUCCGGCCGCCCCUUGCCAGCUUCCGCGACAGCGCCACCAGCAGCAGUGACACGGAGACCACCGAGGUGCAUGCACUCUGGGGGCCCCGCUCCCGCCAAGGCCUCCCCCGGGAGGGCAGCCCUUCCGACAGCGAUGACAAGUGCCAGUAGCACCCAGGAUGGGCGGCCGGGGUCCUUCAGCUCUCACAGUCCCUCUGCCUUGGGAGAGCAGGCGGCAGCUGCAGGCGGAGGCUGGAGCCCCAGCCCCUUCCAGACCGGGGGUGCCAUCCUCUCCCAGUUCAUCUACCUGCAACGGGAACCAGCGCCCACCUGCAGCACGUCCCAGGGGCAGGAAGACCAGCACUGCCCUGGGGGGGUGGGGGGGUGGCCCCUUGACCCUGCUCCCCCUUUGAGGGCAAGAGGGGUAGAACUAAGAUGGGUUUAUACUGGAACCUCCAAUGACCAGAUGUAUAUAGAGAUUUAUAAAGAUUUUUAUAUUAAUUUAAUAAAACAAAUUCUUAAAUAGAACAAAAUAAACACCUAAUGAGCCACUUAUAUAUAGA